CAAAACCCUUUUAUUUCACUUCCUUCCUCUGUGUCUUCUAACCCGUUUCAACGAAUCUCGAUCUUCAAUUGAUCGAGAAAUUGAAAGGAUAUUCCGAGCUAAGAGAAGAGAGCAACAAGGUUUAGCAGCAAAAUAGAUAGAAUGGCUGAAGGAGCUGGGAAUGGUGCCAAUGGUGGUAACAAUUUUGUUGCUAUGGCAGAUGACCGAGAGAGGACAAUAACAGAGUAUGCUUUUGAGCAAAUGCUACAUGGGCUGAAUCCCAGUAUAGUAAGGCCAGAAAUCCAGGCACCACAGUUUGAGUUUAAACCUGUCAUGUUCGAAAUGCUCAAAAUCAUUGGGCAUUUCAGUGGUAUGUCAACAGAAGAACCUCAUCUUCAUCUUAGACUUUUUAUGGAGGUGAGUGAUUCUUUUAAGCUACCUGGAGUGACAGAAGAAGCUUUGAGAUUGAAGCUAUUCCCUUACUCGCUGCGGGAUAAAGCUAGAGCGUGGUUGUAUUAUCUACCUCCAUACUCUAUAACCACAUGGAAUGACUUGGUAGAGAAAUUCUUAGAGAAGUACUUUCCUUUCAUGAAGUAUGCCGAGCUCAGAAAUGAUGUUAUGCAUUUUCAGCAGUUGGAGGGUGAAUCUUUAUACGAGGCUUGGGAAAGAUUUAAAAAGCUUUUGGUUAAGUGUCCUCCUCAUGGACUUUCUCACAGCUGUCAAACUGCGACUUUCUAUUAUGGUCUAAAUUGGCAAACACAAUCCUUAGUAGAUGCUGCUGGCAAUGGUGAUAUCAUGACUAAAACUUACAAUGAGGCCUAUAAGAUUUUGGAGAGAAUGCCAAAUAACAAUUACGAAUGGCCGGCUGAAAGAGCAGCCACAACAAGGAUUGUAGAAGGGGUUCAUGAAUUGGAUGCAAUAACAGCUUUGACUGCACAAGUGUCCUCUUUAACUAGUGUGCUGAAGUCAAUGAACUUAGCUGAUGGAGUAAAGGCUCAACAAAAUGGAGUAGCCUCUUGCACAUUUUGCGGUGGAGAAAAUCUUUUUGACAGUUGCCCAUCUAACCCACAAUCUGCUUGUUAUGUUGGGAACUUCAACAGAGGCACCAAUCAGCACGCCAACACAUACAAUCCAAAUUGGAGGCAACACCCAGAGUUCUCUUGGAAUGCACAAGGGCAGAAUGCAGGUCCUUCCUCAGUCCCAACCCAACCACAAUAUCCUCCAGGAUUUCCACAGCAAGACAAACCCGAGCCCGUGGAACCAUCUUCAUCAAUUGAGAGUUUGUUAAAGGAAUAUAUGUCCAUUAUUCAAAACCAGUCAGCAAUGAUUCAGAGCCUAGUAGCUUCGUUGAGGAAUUUGGAGAUUCAAAUGGAUCAGCUAGCUAGUGAUUUGAGCAACCAACCUCAAGGUUCAUUGCCAAGUGAAACCGAGAUCACGUAUAUAUAGGAAGGAUUAAAAUAAUGUGGGCCCAGCCUUUGCUGACUCAGCAAAUCAGUUUCAACAGAAUGGCGUGGGAAGGGAGGUUGAGAUGGUUAAAUAGCAAGGAAGGAGAAGAGUGAGGGUAUCUGGAAUCUUUGAGAAUUGCUUGGGCCCUUUUUGGGAUUGGGAGAGAGUGGAACCUCUCAUAUGUGUUCCACACUAUCUUACUUUUUCCUGCAUUGUGAUUUCCUUAGUGUCACUGUAAUUUCAUAU